AUGGCCAGCCGCAGAAUCAUUUCUCAGGAGAAGACGCUCCUCGAGAAGGAUGACAGCAUAGGCUCGAGCCCAGCCGCAAACGAGAAGUCAAACAUUGCACCAGCGGUUCCGGCAGCUGUCAUCUUCAAGCUGCUGGCUUUCACAUUCGCCAUGAUAGUAGUGCCAAUCGGCUCCUACUUCCUGACAGUCGACAAUGUCUUUAAGGGCAACUCGACAUUUGCAGGUGCUCUGGCCGCCAUUAUGGCAAAUGUGGUCCUUGUCGCGUAUAUUAUUGCGGCGAUGCGAGAAGACCAGCCAGAUCAGGAAGAGAAGCAGCAGCAAAAGGGCAGUUCAAGAGGCGAGGAUAAGAAGAGUCGUUAA